AUGGCAUUCAACAAUUUAUCGCUUUCAUACCCCAUCCUCAAUGGAGACAAUUAUCAAUCUUGGGCUAUCAAGAUGAAAUCCCAUUUGAAAGUUUUGAGUUUAUGGGAGGUUGUUGAGGGUGACUAUGAGCCGACCCCUCUUCCACAAAAUCCAACUGUAAAACAAAUCAAGAAACACGACGAAGAAAAAGCAAAGAAGCCAAAAGCCCUCUCUUGUAUUCAUUCGGCCGUGUCGGACGGAAUCUUCACAAGUAUAAUGACUUGUGAAUCACCUAAGGAAGCGUGGGAGAUGCUAAAGGAAGACUUCAAGGACAACGAUCAAACAAAAUUGAUGCAAGUUCUGAAUCUCAAAAGGGAAUUUCAGAUGCAAAAGAUGAAGAAAGGUGAGACCAUCAAAGAGUAUGUCGGUAAGCUUAUGGCCAUUGUCAAUAAAAUUAGAUUGCUUGGUGAAAUAUUUUUAAAUGAAAGAGUGGUUGAUAAGAUUUUAGUGACUGUUCCCGAAAGGUAUGAGUCCAAAAUUUCCUCACUUGAAGAUUCUAAAGACCUAUCCAAAGUAACUCUAGUGGAUUUAGUCAAUGCCCUCAGUGCCGUAGACCAAAGGAGAUCAAUGAGGGAGGAAGAAAAUGCUAAAAUUUCAGUCUUUGGUUGUUAUUAUGUUAGUGGAGUAGUUGCUAAUAAAUCUGAAAUUAGUUUAGAUUUUUAUGGUGAUUAA